AUGGUUGUUGAAUGUGAAGUGGUUAGUGAGAAUGAGAUAGUAAGUGUGGGUAAGGUGGGUGGUGAGAGUGGAAUGAUUGGUAAAAGUGAGGUGGGUGGUGUGAGUGAAGUGGGUGGUGAGAGUGGAAUGGUUGGUGAAAGUGAGGUGGGUUCACGUGGUGAGAGUGGAAUGGUUGUUGAAUGUGGGGUGGGUGGUGAGAAUGAGAUGGUAGGUGUGAAUGAAGUGGGUGGUGAGAGUGGAAUGGUUGGUGAAAGUGAGGUGGGUGCACGUGGUGAGAGUGGAAUGGUUGUUGAAUGUGAAGUGGUUAGCGAGAAUGAGAUAGUAAGUGUGGGUAAGGUGGGUGGUGAGAGUGGAAUGAUUGGUAAAAGUGAGGUGGGUGGUGAGAAUGGGAUAGUAGGUGUGAGUGAGGUGGGUGGUGAUAGUGGAAUGGUUGGUAAAUGUGGGGUGGGUGGUGAGAAUGAGAUGGUAGGUGUGAGUGAGAUGGGUGGUGAUAGUGGAAUGGUUGUUGAAUGUGGGGUGGGUGGUGAGAAUGAGAUGGUAGGUGUGAGUGAAGUGGGUGGUGAGAGUGGAAUGGUUGGUGAAAGUGAGGUGGGUGGUGAGAAUGAGAUGGUAGGUGUGAGUGAAGUGGGUGGUGAGAGUGGAAUGGUUGGUGAAAGUGAGGUGGGUGCACGUGGUGAGAGUGGAAUGGUUGUUGAAUGUGGGGUGGGUGGUGAGAAUGGAGAUGGUAGGUGUGAGUGA